AUGUCUUCUUUUUCACUUAAGAAGAAUUACUAUACUGGCGAAGAGAGUGUUUCUUCUAUUUCUAUACCAGAAGAAAAAACGGGAACAGUGAUCGGACGCGGUGGUUCCAAUAUUAAAAAAAUUAGGGAAGCAAGCGGUGCUUCUAUUUUCAUAAAGGAUGGCGUUGCACUGAUCAGGGGCACAAACGCGCAACGUACCAAAGCUAAAUCAUUGAUACAAGAAAUAUUGAGUAAAGAAACGGAUCAAGUCUUUCCUGAUGUAGGAUAUUUGCUUUUGGAAAUUGAUAAAAAUUCAAUAGAUACCAAGCAAAGCAAAAUUCGAUUCAAAGAAUAUCGGGGCCAAGACGCGAAUUUCCACUCUCGUAAUCGUACUACUUAUUAUGUUGAACAUAUUACCGCCAGAGAAAAUGAAAAGGUAAAAGGAGAAUCGUCAGAAAAUAUUGACGACGAUGAUGAUCUAACAUCCGCUAUCUCGAAAUUACUCGUGUCAAAUGGUCUUCCUUCAAACUCUAAAUCUUCCCAAGCUUUUAACACUACCGAUAUAAUUCGGCAUUGUCUUGGUGACAUUAGUACUUUGGUUCACAAAUCUGACCCGUCUCAUAUUGAGACACAAAGUUUCCGACUUAAUGUAUUCUUUGGUCGACAACUAUUUUACAAUUUCGGUGAAAAAGAAAUAAGCGUUAGUGAUUGGUGUGCAAUGAAUCGCUCUAAAACCAGUACCUCGUUUCAACACAAUGCUCCGCGAAUUCGUGAAAAGAUCGAUUUGAUCAAUAAGAAAUACGGGUUUAAUUCGGUUGAUAAAGAAAUUGAUGACUCGAAAAAAUUUAGUAUUUCUAUUUACUAUGAUGCUGAAGAAAAUAAUAAACGGGAUAGGCGUAAGCUCAAGUUACAUUGGUUUGAGGAAGAAG